UGCUAGUUAAAACCGUGCCCUGUAUCAAGACUACGAAGCAGCGUUGUGUGAUCAAGUGAGCUUCUAGAAACCUAUCCUGUUUGCUAUCAGGGUUAUAAGUAGGCCUGCAAGUCACUGAAGGUCCAGUCCUGUUCCCAGAAGUGAUACACGACAGUAUGAUGAAGUUCCUGAUUGUUGCUUUGGUAGCAAUGACUGCCGUCAUUGCCGACCACCAUCACGACUACAAAGACCCUUCUAAAUUCGCCGACUGGCUGAAGGAUGUGCAGAAGAGCCACGAGUUCGCUCACAUGACGCCAGAAGAUAAGCUCCUCUACAGUCAACUCACCCAGGCUGCCGAACAGGGAAGUGCCGCCCUCACAACCUUCAUCGAUAGCCAGACCUUCGACAAGAUUGUUGGCCUCAUUGAUCAUUUCGACGAUGACGACAUUCCCCACUUUGAAGCGUACCUUGCCUUUCACCUGCACGGCACAAUAACCGCAGCUGGCAAGCGACAGAGUGGCUCAGACCUGUUCAGUUUCCUGAGGGACCUUCACCUUAUGCACAAGAUCGAGGACGAUCUCUCCCAUUCUGACAUGCGAGUGUUCUUGGAGAUCAUGUUCGCCGCUGAACACGACACUCUCACCCAAUACAUUGACAAGAAGGGCUACGGCCCCGUCCUGGACCUCAUGUCACAAAUUGAUAGCGAUGAAUCCCAUGGCUUUGAUCUGCUGAUCAUGAGGCAUCUGGAACAUGAGGCUGCGAUGUCACAAAUGAAAUCUACUGUCGGCACCAACGUUGUCAGCACAGUCAUCGUCUGAACAAGUCCACUACAUGGAUAGUUCGCCUGCAUCCUACAUACUACUGAUGUACCAUUGGCAGUUGUGAAUAAAAUGAGUAUAAAGAUU